AUGGCUGACUCGGCGACGGCGACGACGAGGUCAGGCUCGAGACCUAACUAUGGUUCCUUCUCUUCACCAGCCGAAGCAGACUCGCAUUCUGAUUCUGGCUCGUCUACUCUGUCCAGAGAUUCCAUGGAGUCAGCUCAUACUGCUUCACGGCCACAGUUCAGCAGGAUAAGGACGCACCAGUCGAUAGUUCGUGACCGCAGCCCCAUGGACAAUAGCGUGGAUGGGCAGUGUGCGCCAGGCGCUGGAGGCGCUGCACCAGCUGCAUCUGAUAAUAACCACUUCAACAAUGCUCAUGGCAGCAACGUCGUCAAUGGUGGCACUAUACCCCGGCAGCGAGGUGCCUCUUACUCGUCCCAGCGGUCUAGGAAGGGGAGCAUACGACCGGAACAGCCGCUCUCGUGGUACAAACGCAUGCUUGAGAAGUACGGCAGCUUGGAGCUGGAAAACAAAGGCAGCGUCGCCAGAGACCAUCUCGCUUUAGAACGCACAUUUCUCUCGUGGCUACGAACAUCUCUCGCCUUUGCCUCCAUAGGGAUAGCGGUUACACAGCUUUUCCGUCUCAACACCGCCAUCCAGCAAUUAGAUCCCUCGCUUCACAGACCCAGCGACCCAACCGCUCUUCUAUCAGAACACUACAGAGAAACUUCCAAGGGCCUCUACUUCACCAUCACAAGUAACAGCAGCCAGCUUCGUGGUCUCGGAAAGCCACUAGGCGCCACCUUCAUAGGAGUAGCCAUACUUGUCCUCUUCAUUGGCUUCCAUCGCUACUUUGAGAGUCAAUACUGGGUGGUCAGAGGGAAGUUCCCUGCCAGUCGUGGCAGUAUUGCCCUGACGGCAUUCAUCACUGCGUCUCUCAUGGUCAGCAGUUUGGUUAUCAUCCUUACCAUAUCACCGGGUGCUACGGAGUCAUAA